GUUGAUGACACUUUUCUCAAAAUUGAACACCAACCAAUCAAACUUUUGGCUAAGAUUUUCGUACGCCAAAACCCAAAGCAAUGCACCAAACUAACACAAACACCACAACCUUAGCCGUCAGCCCCACAAAAUGAACAGCACACACCAAAUUUUCAGGCCACUAAUUCCUGCCGCCUGUGUCAGUUUCCGGCGGCUGAGCACCUCUAAGCUACUGCCCUGCCCACGUCCCAAAGCUUUGAAACACAGACACUUGUCUCUUCAAACAACCCAAAACUCCAAGUGGGCUGUCAGGCUAAGCUUACUGGACCAAAGCCCGCCAAAAUCUAAACCAAAGGUUGACGUGGAUCGGUUAGUGGAUUUUUUGUACGAGGAUCUUGUCCAUCUCUUUGAUGAUCAGGGAAUUGAUCGGACAGCUUAUGAUGAGCGUGUGAAGUUCAGGGACCCAAUUACGAAGCAUGACACGAUAACUGGGUACUUGUUGAACAUCUCCUUCUUGAAGAUUGUGUUCACGCCUAAGUUCCAGUUGCAUUGGGUCAAACAGACAGGACCAUAUGAAAUCACCACAAGGUGGACUAUGGUUAUGAAGUUCAUCCCUCUGCCUUGGAAACCAGAAUUGGUCUUCACAGGAACCUCAGUUAUGGGCAUCAACCCGGAGACCGGGAAGUUCUGCAGCCAUGUGGACUUCUGGGAUUCGAUAAAGACGAAUGACUAUUUUUCAGUAGAAGGUUUGUUGGAUGUUUUCAAGCAGCUGCGGUUUUACAAAACUCCAGACUUGGAAACACCUAAAUAUGAGAUAUUAAAACGAACGGCGAAUUACGAGGUGAGAAAGUACUCCCCUUUUAUAGUGGUAGAAGGAUCUGUGGACAAGCUGUCUGGGUCGGCCGGUUUCAAUGAUGUUACUGGGUACAUCUUUGGGAAGAACUCCAAAAUGGAGAAGAUACCAAUGACUACCCCUGUCUUCACUGAGGCAUCUGAUGCUGAAUUUUCCAAAGUAUCCAUCAAAAUAUGUCUUCCACUGGAGAAGGAUAUAAGCAGUUUACCAGAUCCCAAUCAAGAAACAAUUAGGUUAAAAAAGGUGGAAGGAGGCACUGCUGCAGUUCUGAAGUUCAGUGGAAAGCCUACUGAAGAGAUUGUUCGUGAGAAGGAGAAAGAGUUGCGGUCUAGUCUUAUUAGAGAUGGUCUCAAACCUAAGAAUGGUUGCUUGCUUGCUCGUUACAAUGAUCCAGGCCGAACUAAGAGCUUUGUAAUGAGGAAUGAAGUACUGAUAUGGCUGGAGGAGUUUACAUUGGACUAGCAUGUUGAACAUGGCCGUUCUUCUUCGUUCUAACUCUUCCUGUUGAUCAUUUUUCUCCACAACUUACGGUAAGAGUUUUUUCUCUUCCCAUAUACUGUAUACACAUUGUUGAUUAUUGUAAAGUGUACCCUUGAGUUGUGAAAUCAGAUUUACUAUCUGCUGCUUUCAAAUGUCAAAUGUUGAGACAAAAUCUUGAAACAAUUGUGGUGCCCGAUCGAAUUUGGUCGUUUUCAGAAGUUCCCAAUGCAGAAUAAAACUCACAUCCUGUCCUGGUGGUUUCAUUCUGUCCUCAACCAUUGUGUUGCCAGUUUUUUUAAUUAAAAAAAGGCAUAAGCACCUCUGUCUCUGUGCUUUAUGCUUAAUGCCUAAGGUCGUGCGCAUGUGCAAGUGCAAGUUUGCCAACCCAAGCCAACAAAGUUGGUCGCAUUUCCUUUUCAA